CAUUAUCAUGGCAAUUGAGAUGCAGAGUACCAGGUACGCAGGUACGAGCACUCACAGGCGGCACAUUCCGCGCAGCGACGAGCGCCACCUCUGUUCCUGAAUCUCAUCUCCGUGACCAAGGCGGCAACAGUUGCCCAGUUGUUACGAUUCAAAAUCUGGGGGAGCGACGCGGCCGCCGUGUGAUUGGAGAUGCUCCCACACUGCCCUCGGCACCCGCGACCGAAAGCGGCCUUGGGCUUGGGGUUCGACACGACUCCCCGCGCUUGAAGCCAGACGAGCCGUCUGCGGACUGGAAGUCGCCAGCGCCAUGCUGACGUUGGCCUCCAUCCGUCAUUCUUCGCUGCUGCGCGCUGCAACGAGCACCGCGCGCUGUGUCUGCUUCACGUCACCCUGGUGUCUGCGUUCGGCUCACUCGGGCGCAUAGCACGUGCUUAUCAUACAACGAGCGACCAAUAUCGAGCCACACGCUAGCAGUACAAGUGGGUCAGGGAGAUGAUGAAUACAGAAUGGCUGCUGUACCGCUACCACGUCCCGUAUCCCACUCGCCCUAAGACGGCUGGAGCAGAGGUCAAGCAAUGCGAUCCGGACCCCGCAGACCCUCUCGCUAGAACAAUUUCUAGCUCCUCGACCGCGACGUCCAAGUCAGCCAUGGAUGCGACGCGGGGCUCUGUCUCGAGCUCCUCGACGCAGGUCACUCGGGAUGAGUCGACGGAGCCCUUCAUCCUGCGCCAUGGCCGGCGAUACCUGAGAGCUCACCAGAAUUACCCACUACCCUGCGACCUGCCUGAACUCCAGCGCCAGAACCUGCACACCCUCCUCGCGACCUCCGUACUCGGUCGAGCACUUGGCUCUACGCCUUCGCCGCACAACCCACCGAAGAAAGUGCUCGAGCUCGCAUGUGGCAGCGGGUACUGGACGGCAGUAUGCCAUGACUUCCUCAGCGGACUGGGCUACGAACAUGUCUCAUAUACAGGACUGGACAUUGUGCCUCUAGCAGGCGACCUACAGCGUCAAGGAAUCGACUGGAAAUUCGUGCAACACGACCUACGCAAACCGCCCCUCCCCUUCGACGACGACGAAUUCGACAUCGUAGUCAUGAAAGACAUGUCCCUCGUCGUGCCCCUCGGCGCCCUCUCACAACGCAUCCUUGACGAAGCAACGCGCGUCCUAAAAUCCGGCGGCACCCUCGAAGUCUGGGAAACCGACCACAUCAUCCGCUCCAUCCUGCCACACCCGCCCCCCGUCCCCGGCAAAUCCGCCCAAGAACGCGCAUGCGCCGAGACAACGGGGACAUUCCUCAUAUCGCCCAUCACGCCCUUCACCGAAGUCCAAAACAAAUACCUCCAAGACUCCAACUCUUGGAUCCAAGAAGCCCUCGACCGCAGGAAACUCAGCCCCACCCCUUGCGUAAGGAUAUCGCAAAUGCUCCUCCAAGAAACCGAAACUCUGCACUCAGUCGGCGACCGCCGCAUCGCCAUCCCACUCGGCGAACUGCGCUGGGAGCGCGAACUCGCCUCCUCGGACCCGCCCAAGCCCAAGCGCCGCGAAUCCGAGGCUCAGCGCCCCAACCCCAAGAAAGCCAGCGUCGCGCUCGACGCGGGGACGCUGACGGACGAGCAGGCUGCCCUCAGGUAUACGGCGCUGCUGGUUGUUGUGCAGAUGAUUGAGAGCCUCGAGCCGUUGCUGAAGGACGUUAGUGGGAAGAACCAGGAGGAGUGGCAGAGGUGGUGGGCCGGGUUGAUGGGGAAUUUGCUGGAGCAGAAGGGCGCGAGUAGUGGGGAGUGUUUGGAGGUGGGCGUUUGGUGGUGUAAGAAGGUGUGAGCAGGGCGAGCAUGCCCGAAAGGAGGUUUUAUCUUGUUGAUGUCGAUGUUGAUGUAUGGGCGGGGAGCGUACAUACAGUGUCUUUCGAGUUGAGUUUUAGUUCUGUGAUAUCCCGGUCUGAAGACCAUGCUUCGCGUGUUCGUUCGUAUCUGCUUCUCCUUACAUGGCGUGAUAGCCCAUAUCCCU